AUGUCUCUCGCAGCCCAACUCGACGCCGUGACUGCCAACUUCAAAAAUGCCCCCGCCUCAGUCACCGGCCCAAUCAUCAAAGCCAAAUCCGACUUCGUCUCGACCUUCGACCCCUCCAAAGCCAUCCGACCCGGCUCCACCCUCCCCCCCUUCACCCUGACCGACGCCUCAGGAACCGCCAUCUCUAGCAGCACUCUCCUAUCCAAAGGGCCCCUGCUCAUCAGCUUCUACCGCGGAUCCUGGUGUCCAUACUGCAACCUGGCGCUGCGGGCCCUCCAAAAACACCUCCCGGCCCUCCAGGCCAAAGACUGCACGCUGGUGGCCAUCUCGCCCGAGCUGCCGGACACGUCGCUGUCGACGGUCGAGAAGAACGAGCUGCAGUUCCCCGUGCUGAGCGAUGUGGGGAACAGGCUUGCGAGGCAGCUGGGUAUUGUGUUUGAGCAGCCGGAUGAGCUGAGGGCUAUUUUUGACGACUUUGGACAUGAUUUGAAGGGGAGGAAUGGGGAUGAUUCGUUUGUGGUGCCUGUUCCGACUGUGCUGUUGGUGGGCAAGGAUGGGGUGGUGAGGAAUGUGCAUGUGGAGGCUGAUUAUACGAAGAGGUUGGAGCCGGAGGUUGCAGCGGCUUGGAUUGAUGCUUUUUUUGAAUAUAUAGAGGAAGCUUUACAUAUGUAUGCAUCUGUUCUCCUGCAAAAGUUCGAGUGA